GUAUUUUUUUUUUUGGGUGAAAAUUUUAAAUUUUAUGUUUAAAUUUCUAAAACAUUUAGUUACAAAACUUGUUAUUUAUAAAUUAUAGGUGCCAAAUAAGAAAGCACACAAAUAAAAACAAGACGUUAAAAUUGAUGUAUAUAUAAAGAUAUUAAAAUGCAAAAAAAAAAAGAAAAGAAAAAAAAUAUAAUCGGUCCAUUUUGGUAUAAAAUCGGACCAGAAUAAACAGGUCUAGAUCGGAACCCAGAUUGGUUGAUUAUGGUCCGGUCCGCAAAAAAAGGUGAUUUUGGGUUCCGAUCCGAUUUUUGAUGGAUGCACAACCCUACCUGUGGAUUACAUGGUGAAAAGUGUUAUAUGAAAGGAUACAACGUAGAAAAGUAAAAUAAGGAAGAUUAUUACGUAGAAAAACCAAAAAAUAAAAUAAUCUUAAAACACAUUUCCCAUUUCACCAAUCAAAUUAACUUUAGCUCGACCUUCAAACCCGACACACCCUCCAAACUUCCAUUAUCCAAGCCGCUAAUCCGAGCCACUUAUAGCCCAACCCAAAUCCAAACCCAAAAAAAAACAAAAAAAACCCAGUAAAAUAUCAAACACCACCACCAACAAAACAUAUGACAACAAACCAGAGGAGAGAGAAACCAACCCAACCUCCUCUCCAUGGCUGAACCUUCAACCUCUCAAAUCCAGACCACCACUACAACCGCCGCAACAACCACCAUCACACCGCCGUCACCUUGGGGAACUCAGGAAGAACUCUUACUAGCCUGCGCCGUUCAACGUCACGGCAUCGACGCUUGGGACUCCGUUUCCAGAGAACUCCAGAAUCGCACCUCUUUCUCUCACUUCACUCCUCUCAUAUGCCAGCAGAAAUACCGCGACCUUAAACGCCGCUUCGCUUCCGAUAUCGCCGGAGAAAUUGCCGGCGAUGAUGCCGGUUUGUGGCUUGAGGAGUUGCGCCGCCUUCGUGUUGCCGAACUCCGGCGUGACCUUCAGCGUUACGAUCUUUCUAUUGUUUCGUUGCAAUUGAAGGUGAAGAAAUUAAAGGAGGAAAGAGAGAGUAACGUGAAAGAAGAAAUCAAAGAGGAGAGAGAAAAGAUUUCCGAUCCAAAGAAAAUCGAGGAGAGAGAAACGGAAAUCGACGAGGUGAAAACUUCCGAAGCUGAACCGGAUGAGCCGGUAGGAACCGAACCGGGCCGGGCGAGUGAACCGGUUGGCGGUGAGGAGGAUGACUCGUGCAACGGGAGCUCGAACUCGAAGGAAGAGCGAAGAAGCGAGCAGGAGAGAAGGGAGCGAGUUGAUUCGGGUGAGUUGGUGGAAUCGGUAGCGGAGUCGAGGGAUGACGGUGGUUGUGGAGGAGGAGGGGUGAAGGAGAGUAGUGACUUACAAAGUACGGCAAGUUUGUGGAGGAGUGAGAAGAAUGAUGAUGAUAAUAAUGUUAAUGAUAAUGCUAAAAAUGGUGAUGAGAAUAAGUGUAGGGAGAAAAAGAUUGGGGUGUUUUCCGGGAAUAGUAGCGGCGAGGAGAAUCAAUCUCCGGCAGUUAAAGCGAAUGGUGAGGGAAAAUUGCGUUCGUUGGUUGAGUUUCUUGACGUUGUUCGUGCUCGUAAACUUGGGUCGUUUUUUGAGCGUCGGCUUGAGAGUCAGGAAAAUCCCAAAUAUACAAACCUAAUAAAACAGCAUAUUGAUCUGGAAACUAUCCAGAGAAGACUGGAAGAAGGUCAGUAUUCAGAUUGUCAAACCAAAUUCUACCGUGACCUAAUGCUCCUCAUCAACAAUGCCAUUGUCUUCUUCACAAAAAGAUCUUCAGAACACAAAGCAGCACUCGAGCUUCGACAACUACUCAACAAACAAUUUCAGCCACACUUAUCAUCUCCACAAGAUCACAAGUCUCGCCCUUCCAAACCUGUCCAACCAGCACCCCUACCAAAGCCAACAAAACCUGAGGCCAAUCAAGCUGAUCUCAAGCAGCCUAGUUUAACUGUAAAUGGUCUGGUGAUUGCUUGUAGAAAACGAAGUUCCAUAGCAGGAAAAUCAUCAAGAGGAGUAAGUGAGAAAAGGGAGCCAGCACCGGUUACACCACCUGAUGAAAAAGCUUCUAUUGGGGAGAUGGUGAAGCAGCAAAGGGAGAAGGCAUCAUCAACGUCAUUCAAUGCUGUAACUAAGAAGCGAACCAGAGAUCAGAGUUUUGGGUCAAGAAGCUCAUCAAGCAGGAACAACAGCAAUCCGAACCCAAACACUCCUAUAUCGAGCAAGGGAGAAAGUUCAGAGGUUAAGGCCGAUAAAAAGAAGCCAAGUCCUGGAAAUUCUUCAAAUAAGGUAAAGCAGGUUUCAGGAUCAGCCUCAGGUAAAACUUUAUUUUUGCAGUCAUUGAAGAACUCAGAUAAAAGAAAGACUGGUAAUGGCGACAGUAGUGGUAAUGUUAAGAGUGACAGGAGGAAAGAUGAGGGUCCACAGAAAGGGUCAGGUAGUAAACUUAGUAAGGAAAAGACGGGCAAGGAGGAGAGAGAAAGUCCAGGGAAUAGGAGCAGCAGUCGACCACCUAAGAGAGCUGCAGCAAUCGCAGCUAUGGGUAAGAGAGGCCGAGAUGGUGGCAGUGUAGAUGUAGAGUCGCACUCAAAGAAACGCCAGAGAUAGUAGGGGGGAUGUGUAUAGUUAUGGUGGGAAUUGGGAUCUUUUCGAUUUGAUUUUGUAAUGUUUAGGCAAGUAGAUUAUUAUGGCACACAGGCUUGGUGUGUAACCCACCUAUUAUUUGUUGUAUUUGACGGUGGGUGCUAUGCUCAAUGCAUCUAAUAGAGGUGUAUAAUUACCCUCUCAUAAGUCUCAUUGUUUUUGAAAUGCUUAAUCUAGAAAUCAACAAAAAUUACAUUGUUAUUCCUGCAAAA